AUGGCCCCUGCACUAAGGACGACACGCGUAAUCAAAGAGAUGCCAUCAGUUUUUCAGCCUUUCAUACUAGGUUCAAGUUUGAACAAGAUCGAGUUGCUAUCUUGUGAAUAUGUCCUUCUUGGCAUAGUAUACUUCAAGGCUGCAACGGGCAUCAAGCAGUACUUUGGGCAGAGCCCAUUCUCCGUUCCAGAUGCCUCCCCGCGAGAUCAAACACUACCUUCAGAGCCACUGAUAGGCCAGUUUGAUGGUGCGAACGACAAGGGGAAAGAACCAGCCAAAGAGGAUGAUGAGGAUCCGCCCCUCCCAAAGACCUCGUUUGAUAUCCACGUAGAUGACUGUGAUUUCGAGGAGUGGGCAAGAGCCGGGGGCAAUUACGACGAAGAGGUCAGGAAACGCAAGGCGUUUCAAUCCAGCUCCAACGGCAUGCAAAGCUCGAGGAUGGAAUCCUCAGCUGCUGGUGACGAUGCCCCUGAGCCCAUUGAGGCUGGUGCUGCUGGUGCUGCUUUCGCAGCUCGCCUGACAUUCCCAGUGAGAUCAAUGGAUCAGAACGAAGAUACGCCUGGAACAGAACAGUCUGACACAGAGGCUGACUGGGAGACCACCGACGACAGCGAAUCCGACGAAGCACCAGACUAUGAUGAGAACGAGGAUGUGGAGAAUGAUACACAAGGUUUCGAGGCUGAAGACCUCGAGAAUCUACCUCGCCCCGACAAUGAUGAGGACCGGCUGCCGCUCCAGGCCCUCAAUCUACCCGUCCAUCAGAUGGACGAUGAAUACGAUACUCCAGGACCCUCAUCAAGGCACCAUGAGUCUGAAGAGUCAUGGAUGAACCGUCGAGCUCGUUCGGGCCUGUGGUACCACAGGGAUGAACAAUGA